ACAAAAAUCCCCCAAAGUGAAGGCAAACCUCCCCACCGACCACCUCUGCGCCACCUCUCGCCACCACCCUCCAUGCGCCGCGCCUCGCCGCCGGCAGCCACAUUGCAGCGUUGCUCUUCAGCCGUCGCCCCGUCCAUGUCCGCGCCGCCGCGCGGCCACGUUGCUUCGCUCGGCUAGGGUUGCUUUGGAAUCGGCGAGUCAGGUGGGGGGUGGUUGAUCGGCGGCCCACAGUAAAAUUUAGAAGGCCCACCAAGGAAUCACGCCCUCUCAGAUUCCUCUUCCUCCUCCUCUCUCGCGGCUUGCGCGCGCGGCGCGCCGUCGUCCAUGGCAGACUCGGGACGGCGGGAGGACACGGAAGGAGGAGGAGGAGGAGGAGGAGGAGGGUCGCUGGGGGCCGGGCGAGACGAGGUAUGGCGCGCGCCAGACGUCCUCGCUCUUCCUCCGCCGACCGGCCUGGGGGCGCUCGUGCAGCAGCAGCCGCCCCACGUCGGCCAGAACGUGGUGCAGCACAGCCAUCAGUACCCCGUCGCCGCCGGCCUAAUCCGCCAUCCGUCGCCGCCGACAAUGCCGGUGCAGGUGGGGUUCCCGGCCUACGUGCCCCCUCAGUACACCGUGGUGCCGACGCCCGCGGCGCUCCCGCCGCAGCAGCAGCACCAACACCGCGGUCAGCCGCAGAUACAUCAUGAAAACUUCCAAAACUGGGUUCCCUCCAACCAUAAUGUUGCAGCUCUGCAUGCUCCUGGCGCUUUUCAGGAGUUGAGGCCAAUGUGCAGUGGGUCAGCAUUCUUGCAUUUCGGCCAGAAUGCUGCCAGCAGCAAUAUGUUUUACCAGAAUACAUUGCCAUGCUCCAUCAAUUCAUCAUGGCCUAACAAUAAUAACAUGCUGAGGAACCCUGUCUACCCUAGUUACCACCCUCAUGCUGCAAUUGAUGAUCACCAAGCUCCUCCGUUUCACAGCAACAGUCAUGACACAGACCAAGGUUUUCAGACUAGCUUCAGGAUGGAUCAAGCAUUUGUACCUGCUUCUUCACCUUUUCCACCAGUGUCUUCAUCAUCCCACAUUUUAUCUUCCUCUCAAAUUUCAAAUGGACCGAAAAACGCCAAGAAAGCCAAGAAAUCAGAUGUAAAAGAUACACCAAUUAGCUUCAGAAGAAGUGAUAUGAAGAUCCAAAAAAACGAUGAACUGGAUCAAACUCCGGCCAGUGAGCCUCCAAGCUUGAGUCAGAACAGUGAAAGUUUGGCUGUUAGAUUCAACUGUAGAGAAUAUCGUGUUAUCUUGCGCAAGGAGUUGACAAACAGUGAUGUUGGUAAUAUUGGAAGAAUUGUGAUGCCAAAGAGGGAUGCAGAGGCUCAUCUUCCAGCAUUGAAUCAAAGGGAAGGUGUGAUGGUGAAAAUGGAUGACUUCAAGAUUGAAACUACGUGGAAUUUUAAGUACAGGUUCUGGCCUAACAACAAGAGCAGAAUGUACGUCUUGGAAAGCACAGGUGGUUUUGUGAAGCAUCAUGGUCUCACAACAGGGGACAUAUUAAUCAUCUACAAAAGCUCGGUGUCCGGCGAAUUCGUUGUUCGCGGGGAGAAAGCCAUUAAGCCGAACGCCGUCAUGCCUGUUGUGGACUGCAGCUGCAAGAAUGAACUCAACAACAGCGAGGAAUGCGGUUUCGCCAUCAGCCUGCAGACCAAGAAAACCUGAUGGAAUGGCAGCUUCAUGUUCUUGAUAUCAGCAUCAGAAAAGCCUGACUUGGAUGGCAAUGCAUGUUGUCUUGUUACUGGAGAAGAUUGGAAAUCGUCGAGUCCGUUUCGCCUGAAACUGUGACUGAAUCCCAGCGUCCUGUUGUAGCACCUGAGAUGAAUUUAGGCAGAGAGCGCUCCCGUAGGCCUACUGCAUGACUUGCAAGUUUCCUCUUUGUUGGUAACUUUGCCGAAUUGCCGUACCAUGUAGUCUGUUUGUCAUGUAUGUGUACAAACCUGGAUGACAAAAUAAUGUGACCUGUUGUACUUAUGGAUAUUUGUUAUGUAGCAGCGAAGUCGCUGGUUUUCGUUUAUAUUGCUACUAUGCUGCCUGUUUGAUUACUUGAAGUUUCUGAAGUUUAUGGAGAAAGAAGCAGAAACG